UUUAUCAAUGGAAUCCUUUCACAACAUCCCUCAAUUUCUCAAACUUGCUUUCCCUUCAACAGUCAUGGUUUGUUUAGAAUCAUGGACAUUUGAAGUAAUGGUGUUUCUAUCUGGUGCUCUUCCCAAUCCAACACUGCAAACUUCAGUACUUUCUAUAUGUAUUAAUGUACUUGGUUCGUUCUGGAUGAUACCAUUUGGAGUUAGUGUUGCUGGAAGUACAAGAAUCUCAAAUGAAUUAGGAGCUGGAUAUCCAAAUGCUGCAUAUGUAGCUGUUUUAGUGACCUUAAUGAUGGCGUUGACCUGUGGAGUUGUAGAGUUUGCUUUGAUUAUUUCGGUAUGGAAAGUUUGGGGCAAGGCUUUUAGCAAUGUACAUCAAGUAGUUUCAUAUGUGUCUUCCAUGACACCUGUUCUUGCAAUUGCUGUUUUUGUAGAUGCAUUUCAAACAACACUUCAAGGUGUUGCGAGAGGAUGUGGUUGGCAGAAGCUUGGUGCAUAUGUUAAUCUAGGAUCUUUUUAUCUUGUGGGAAUUCCUCUUUCCGCUUUAUUGGCUUUUGUUUUCCACAUGAACGGUCAAGGGCUCUUUUUAGGUCUUGUAACAACACUUAUUGUGCAAGUUGUGUGUUUUCUUUUUGUCACUUGGCGCACUGAUUGGGAGAAAGAAGUAAAUAAAGCAGCAAUAAGAGUAGGAGGCACUGGAGUACAAGAUAAUACGCUUCCACUUCUCGUAUAGUUGAAGAAUUUUUAUUAGAAUUUUAUUUAUAGAAACUUUGUGGAAAAAUGGGAAUUGGUUACAAAACUUAAUUUGUAGUAUUUUAGAGAUA